AUGGCAGCCAAAUACCUCUCAGCCGCCAACGCCGCGGCCUUAGAUAAAGAUCUCAUGUCCAUGGGAGCUUUUUCCCUCGAUCAAUUAAUGGAAUUGGCGGGAUUGAGUGUUUCGCAAGUUGUCUACAAAGUCCACCCACCCUCCAAAGGUCGACGAAUCCUAGUAGCAUGUGGACCUGGAAACAACGGAGGCGAUGGUCUAGUAGCAGCCCGUCAUCUCUGGCACUAUGGCUAUAAACCCACAAUCUACUAUCCCAAGCCGGGAAAAAAUGAACUCUAUCAACGCCUUUCGACUCAACUCCGCAAUCUCUCAAUCCCAUUCACCGAUGAUUUUCCAUCUGCGAUUAAAGAUUCUGAUCACAUCGUCGAUGCAAUAUUCGGCUUCUCCUUCACCGGCUCCAUCCGCUCCCCCUUUGACACCAUAAUCAGCACCCUAGAGGCCACCUCCCUCCCCAUAACAUCCAUCGACGCCCCCUCCUCAUGGGACAUCACCAACGGACCUCCUUCCUCCGGUCCCGGUGCAAACCUCAUGCCACAAUACCUAAUCAGUUUAACUGCGCCUAAACCACUCGUUCGAUAUUUUAAAGGAAGACAUUUUUUGGGUGGGAGAUUUGUAACUCCAGAAAUCCAUCAGAAAUAUAAUCUUCAACUUCCAGAAUACGAGGGAGUAGAUCAAAUUGUCGAGGUGCCUAUUGAAGAAUCUGAGGAGAAAUUGUGA